CAGAUGUUUUAUCCUCGAUAAACUUUCCUCCGCUGUCAUUAGAAACAUUGAAAUUACACAUUGAAUCAACUUCAAUAAAAUAUCCUCAAGUCGAUCAAUCUCAAUAUGAAAACAAACAUCUCCCCAGUAAUAUACACUCCGUAAACGAAACAGAACAGGUUGACAGUCAAACACCAACAAUCAGUCCAACUUUAUCUUUGCAUCAAUUGGUUUUUGAUGACAAUACAUCUUCAGACUGUCGGCCAAGCGAUGAACAGAAACUUCAGUCAUGUGAUGUAAGAAGUAAUACACCUGACCCACAUUCUGUCCUAUCAUCACUUGCUACAUCGCCAAGAACAAUUCUAGCUGAAAAGCACGGUGAGUUCGGCUCAGAAGGUGGCAUUUUAGAAAUACCCGAACAUAAAGUCUGUCUUAGAAUACCUGCUGGAGCUAUUUCAAAAGAAGAAGAAAUGCAAAAGAUAUUUCUCCGGGUUUAUGAUAGUGCAAAUGAGCUACCUUUGGAUGAUUUACACUCAGAAUCUCGUCUGUGCACAGAUAAACCUGUACUGGUAAGUCCAAUGGUUAUGUGCGGUCCUCGUGGUCUAAAAUUUCACAAACCAGUAGAAUUAACCGUUCCACGUUAUCCAUUGGAUUCUGAAUCGAGUGAUGAAUCAGAAACAAAGCGUGAUCAGCAUUUAGAAAAGUGGAAUUUAUCCUUGUUACAUGCUUCCGCCAUUUCUACAUCAACAUCUGCUGACGAAGAUUCUCUACCUAGGACUUCACGUUCAACUGAGCCAACAAAAUGGCAUGAAAUUCCAUUGAAUACCAAAAGUGAAUCAUCUUUAAAAAAGAAUAAACUCAGUCUUGAAGAACAAAGGAGUAGAAAUGAUCAAGGAAUACUUUCUAUUAUUAAAGAUUCACAAAUUUCAAUCCUUAUUGAUCAUUUCUAAACUUUAUUCCUUUUACCAUUUUAUAUCACCCAACAAGAUGUAAUUGGUAAUAACAGGUGAACACAUUAGUA